GUUCAGUAGCAUUGACAAUAUAACAUAUCCACUUGUUUUCUUUCAUAGUCUUCCUGCCUACGAUAACUCACACUCACUCCAGCACAGAAGGUGGCGUUAUAGGGCUGAAUCGCACCAGCAACAGGGAACGGUAUUUCACAAUCGCGUAAACAAACUGUCCCUUCACGGGUUCCGUAGGUGCCAAGUAGCGUACUCAGUAUAAGCAUGCUGUAGUUAUUAGACGUGCCAGAACGAUUAUGAAAUAAUGUAAAUCCAUCGGGAAUUAACUGUAUAACGUAGCCAGUGGUAAGCCGGAUACUCUGGCAGAACGAACAUUUGUUCUGCUGUGAGUGCUGUGUAUUGAGGCAAAACGUGGUGACUUUGUGAAACCGCCGUUAGCCAACCCUUCUUUAGUAUUGGUAUCUGGCUGUUGAAUGGUACAAUGUUGACGACGCUGUCAAGACUUAAAAGCCCUAGACUUCUUUCUCCGGAAAUAUUUUUAGGAUACAUAGGCCUAUUAGGACAAGAAGUGAGAAGUAAAAAGGUUAGCUUGUUAAGUCACAGUUUACCAGUAUCCGCAGCGGUGAGGCAGAAAGUCACCGCUGGCUCCAGAGAUGUCAGCUCCUCCUGUUCGCUGUGCGCCAAAGUCCGAGGCCAGCCGAAGAAGAGAGAGCUGUCUGAAAAGAAGCUGACCCGUUGUUUUGUAGACCAUCGGCGUGUGAAGCUGAUGGCUGGCUCUGGUGGCAGAGGAGUCUCCAGCUUUCACAGUGAGCCGCGGAAAGAGUGGGGGGGACCAGAUGGAGGGAAUGGAGGAGAUGGGGGAAGCAUCAUUAUGAAGGCGGACAAGUUUGUCAAAUCAUUGGCACAAGUAGUUCCGAUAUACAAGGGAGAAGAUGGGCAACCAGGUGGCAGCAAGAACUGCUAUGGCAAGAACGGGAGCUCAUACUAUAUUUCUGUACCUGUGGGCACCAUGGUAAAGGAAGAAGGAGAGGCACUGGCCGACCUUUCGGAGCACGGCCAGGAGUAUCUGGCUGUAUUUGGGGGAAUUGGUGGGAAGGGGAAUCGGUUCUUUCUGUCCAAUGAGAAUCGUGCACCAAUGACGGCAACCCAAGGAAUGAUGGGCCAGGAGAGGGUCCUUCAACUGGAGCUCCGCACCAUGGCCCAUGCUGGACUGGUGGGGUUUCCGAAUGCUGGAAAAUCAUCAUUGCUGAGAGCCAUCUCCAACGCCAGGCCUGCUGUGGCUGCUUACCCUUUUACAACACUCAACCCACAUGUAGGGAUUGUCAAUUACAGGGAUCAUGAGCAAGUUGCAGUUGCUGACAUCCCAGGCAUCAUUCGAGGAGCCCAUCUGAAUCGAGGCCUUGGCAUCUUUCUGCGCCACAUAGAGCGCUGUCGUUUCCUACUCUAUGUUUUGGACCUGUCUUCCCCAGAGCCCUGGACCCAGCUCGUGCACUUACGUUAUGAACUGGACCAGUAUGAGCCGGAUCUGUCCCUGCGUCCUCAGGUCAUCAUAGCCAACAAAAUGGACCUUCCUGAGGCCCGGGAGAAGCUAGAGACUCUAAAGAGCCACGUCUCCCAGCGGGUCAUCCCUGUGUCGGCGCUCACAGGACAAAACACAGAAGAGCUCAUCCUCCACCUCAGAGAGCUGUAUGACGGAUAUCUCCAAGGAGAAGGUAGUGGGGAAGAGAAACCCAAAAGAUGGUAGUAAAAAUGAGUUUGUCUGAUAUUUUCACGAUAUAUAUUUAUACUUGAAGACAUGGAAUGUUUUUAAAUUGCUUAAUAAACACAUACACGAAACAUAAUUCAA